AGCCUCAGAGAAGCGGGGAGCAGAAGGGAGCAUGGUCCGGAUCCUGCAGCAGCCAGACACACAUACAAGCCGCCGCUACACCGAGCCCCGGGGAACACACAGCCCCCCGGAGCCCGCAGGUCCCCAGUCCCGGGACACUCACUAGGAGCAUCCGCCCCCAGCCUGUACACCGGAGAGGAGAGGAGGACGGCGGGCGCUGACAGCGCAGGUACCCGGCUGGCGGCAUCCAUCCCUCAUCCCCGGAGAAGUCGGGCUGCAUCUUCCCGUGUAGGAGCCUGUGCGCCUGCGUCAUCCUGGAUCCAGGAGACUGGAGGGAGGAAUUUGAUGUGGAAUAGAUAUUAGGAGCCUUCCAGGGUGUUCGGGAAUCGCUCUACCACCUCUCAAGCAAGGGAUCCUAGAAUACCAUAGUACCCAUAUAAGAGAUCGGGGUGUACUAAGACAAUAAAGAAAUACCUGGAAGAAAGAACGCUGAACAAUGUUCCUAAGAAACAAUAUGUCCUCCCAGUAAAGGGAUUGAACUGCAGAAAUAAAGAAAGCAGGAAGCAUUCGAUCACCCAGGAUAAGUCUGAAUCGAUUUACCCGAAUCAUAUUAAGAGAUUCUACAACAGAAGCAUAGUAACUUUUAAAGGAAAUGUAAUAGUCUAUGGACAAGCUGCGCUGACGUGCAAGAGGAAAACAUCUGUUGGGUGCUCUUUGUAGAAAAAGGACUGAAGAGGGAGGCAACUGCCCGCGAGCCGGUGGCGAGGAUGUCGCGGCACAGCCGUUUCGAAAGGGACUUUUGCGGUGGCUGGGAGAGAUGGGAGUGGAGUUCGAACGGCAACCACAUGAACACGAGUAACGUCAACGGUACGGUCAAUGGAAAUGGCAACAACAGGCCUGGACUACUGCCUCUGCCAAUUGUACCAUCUCGUCUUCCUACACCAACAUCUACUGCUGCUACCACGGUUGGCAGCGAUGCGGUGACAAGCAAUGGCAGCAAUCCAGCUUCUGCUUCUGCAUCCAAAACCCCUCUGCUUUCCAAGGCCGAGAAACAAACGCAAGGUCAGCUGCUGGCUACCAGUGUGAGGUGGGGGCAGACUCCAAUCAACCAGUCUACACCAUGGGAUACGGAAGAGCCACCAUCUAAGCAAAUGAGGAAAGGGGAAAAUCCUGCCACUCCACCAUGGGCGACAACGGUCUCUGCGUGCACCCAGGGAACCCUGAUAGCCCAUACAUAUGGAAUGACUCAGCCACCUAUAUACAGCCAAGCAGCCAAUGUCCAGGCUCCCAUCAUAGGGGUGACUCCCACUCUCCCUCCUCAUGUUGCCCCUCAACUGCCGUUAAUGACCGCACAUUACCAACUGCAACAGCACCAGCAGCCCGCACAACCUCUAAACAACAUGGUGGUCAAUUUACAGAGCCAGUCCAUGUACAGGCACAGUCAGCCCAUGGCUAUGUCCUCUUUGACCGGAGUUGGUCAGGUCCCUCAUCCCGGCCAUGCUGCCAUUGGCAACGGUCACAUGACUUGCCCCAUCCUUCCUCCUCCACCGCCAGCGAUGCCUUCUGCGGCACUGCCCAACAGUGUUCCGGCCACGAAUGGCCAAACUGGCCCCCAGGUUCCGCACAAUCAAACCAUAACCCCCGACAACCCGAAUGGAGUUCAAAUGCUAAGGACAAUCGGCAUGGGAAAGUAUGAAUUCACGGAUCCCUGGUAUCCUAAAGAAAUGUUGAAGGAGCUGAACCAGCAGCGUAGAGCGAAAGACUUUACAGACCUGAAAAUUAUUGUUGAAGGCAAAGAGUUUGAAGUCCAUCAAAAUAUUCUAGCUUCCUGCAGCUUGUAUUUCAAGGACCUGAUUAAAAGGUCGUCGCUGGAGCAGGUUAAGAAUGGAGAAAAACUGGAGCUGACUAUGUCCAAUAUCAAUGCUGAAGUCUUGGAACUGUUGCUGGAAUUUGUCUAUACAGGUUCCCUGAUCAUAGAUUCAGCCAAUGCUAAAAUCCUCCUGGAGGCAGCCAGCAAGUUUCAGUUCCACACCUUCUGUAAAGUCUGCGUAUCCUUCUUAGAGAAACAGCUGACUGCCAACAACUGCCUGGGCAUCCUGGCCAUGGCAGAGGCCAUGCAGUGUGUGGAGUUGUACAACAUGGCCAAAGCGUACGCCUUGCAAAACUUCCCAGAGGUAGCAAACCAGGAUGAGAUCCUGAAUAUCUCAAAGGAUGAUUUCGUAUCAUACAUUUCUAAUGACAGCCUGAACACCAAAGCUGAGGAGCUGGUCUACGAGACAUUGCUAAAAUGGAUAAAGAAAGAUCCGAAAAACAGAGCACAGCAUUCUGCUGAAUUGUUGGCCGUUGUCCGUCUACCCUUCAUCCAUCCAAGCUAUCUACUCAAUGUGGUUGACAAUGAAGAGUUGAUAAAGUCAUCAGAGGCUUGUCGAGAUUUAGUCAAUGAAGCAAAGCGGUAUCACAUGCUCCCACAUGCCCGUCAGGAAAUGCAGACUCCACGCACAAGGCCAAGACUAUCAGCAGGUGUAGCAGAAGUCAUCGUACUGGUUGGUGGUCGGCAGAUGAUAGGAAUGAAUCAGAGAACAUUAACGGCUGUGACGUGUUUAAAUCCACAAAUCAACAAAUGGUAUCCACUGGCCAGCCUUCCCUUUUAUGACCGAGAAUUCUUCAGUGUGGUCAGUGCAGGGGACAACAUCUACCUAUCAGGGGGUAUGGAAUCCGGUGUAGCUUUAGCGGAUGUCUGGUGCUACAUGUCUUUACUUGAUAACUGGAAUCUGGUCUCCAGGAUGAUUGUUCCAAGGUGUCGACACAACAGUCUGGUCUUCGAUGGCAAAAUCUAUACAAUCGGUGGCCUAGGCGCAGCUGGGAAUGUUGACCACGUCGAAAGGUAUGAUACAAUUAUCAACCAGUGGGAGGCGGUAGCGGCUCUUCCGAAACCGGUUCACUCUGCGGCAGCCACUGUGUGUGGAGGGAAGAUCUACGUUUUCGGAGGAGUGAAUGAAGCGGGCAGGGCAGCAGGGGUCCUGCAGUCCUAUGUGCCUCAGACCAAUACCUGGAGUUUUAUUGAAUCACCAAUGAUCGAUAACAAAUAUGCCCCAGCGGUCACUCUGAAUGGCUUUAUCUUCAUUCUGGGAGGAGCUUAUGCGAGAGCCACAACCAUCUAUGACCCAGAAAAAGGCAACAUAAAAGCUGGACCCAACAUGAAUCACUCCAGACAGUUCUGCAGCGCCGUGGUCCUGGAAGGGAAGAUCUAUGCUACAGGUGGAAUAGUCAGCAGCGAGGGUCCUGCGCUCGCAAACAUGGAAUACUACGACCCCAAAUCCAACACUUGGACUUUAUUAUCCAACAUGCCUUGCCCUCUCUUCCGCCACGGAUGUGUAGUCAUCAAGAAAUACAUUCAAAGUGGUUGACAAAACAAAACAAACACAGAUGGAACUGUCUCCUUAGCCGAAGAUGUUUUACUACAUGUACAAUUUUUUUUUCUGUUUUCUGAUUUUUACCGUUUCAAUGGCAUUUGUGCCAAAUGUGAAGCCGGUAAUCAAUUUUUUUUUCUGCUUCAACUGCAUUUUUUGGGUUAUUUACAAGUAUGAUAAAGGACAUUUUUGUUUUCA